CUUCCCAGCCUUCAUCUCCGCCUUGGAGAUGCCCACCACCAGCCACAACAAGGACCAUGUGGCAGCCAGGGAUGAGCUAAGCGAAGUGCUUUGGAAGAAAGCCGGGAAGGUCUCAACUGGCCCCGAGGAAGUGGCCAAGAAGCCCCCGAUGAUGAUCGCCGCGGCUUUGCAGAACCUGGAAUGCCAGGUCAAGAUUAUUCUCGAGCAGACCCAGCAGUUGCAGGCGGAGCUGGAAGCGCUGAAAAGCUCCAGCAGCGACGCGCAACUCCAAGCAGACAAGGUGGCGGACCUUCAGGUCAGAGUGACAUGGCUGGAACGCAUGGUCGCCCGCGAGUUUCAGUAG